AUGGAUGAGCCCCUAGAAAAGGUUGAAGCCAAAAUUGAGUCUGGGAUUAUGGCCCCCACGCGAGAGGGUAGUCUGGCAUCCGACGACGAGAUUCGUAACUUACGCCAUGUGUCGGCGCCUCUUCCCAUGCGAGUCUGUAUACGCUCUCCAAGUCUCUACGCCAUGGGCACUGCCUCUACUAACACAAGCCCGAAAAACUAUCUGCAGAAUGGACCGAAUGACUUAGUCCCGGGAGCAAUGGAUCUGGGCAAAUCUCGAGCCACUACGGUUAAUCUGGCGUUCACCGUGCUGGUGAAUAUUCUCCCGCUACCGACCUCUAUCCUCGUCGAUGGAUGCCUAGGUCGGUAUAGGGCUCUUCAGAUAUUCACGGGUAUCUAUGCCAUAGGGUCGACGAUCCUCUUCGCAACCUCAUUUCCCUCCGAGAUUUCGUCCGGGAUCGUAAUUCCUGGCUUCGUCGCGGGUGCUCUACUCAUUGUUGUCGGUCUCGGAGGGGUCCAAGCUUCCGUUCAGCCAUUCAUCGCGGAUCAGUACACGGAGCAUGAAAUGCGAAUCAGAGUCACCAAGCGGGGCGAACGGGUUGUGGAAGACCGUGAACUCACAAUUCAGUAUAUCUAUAAUCUCUACUACUGGAUGGUCAAUGUCGGCUCCUUGGGCAGCAUCGCCACUACGCUGAUGGAAAAACACAUCGGGUUCUGGUCGGCUUAUCUGCUGGAUCUCUGUGCGGUGAUCCUUUGCGUGUUUAUCGUCCAUGUGGCGAAAUCCAGAUUCGUCCAUCCCCCCGUCCAAGGCUCUAAGCUGCCUCGUGCUGCUCGGUGCUUGUGGUAUGCCGUCCGAGGGGGCUUUAAGCUCAACGCCGCUCUGCCGCAAUAUCAACUAGAGACGCAUGGACGAGUGGUCCCCUGGGAUAAGGAGUUUAUUGUAGAGCUGCGGGAUGCCCUGUCAGCUUUUAAAAUCUGCAUCGGAUGGCCAAUCUUCUGGGUCUGCAUGGCAGAAGGAGCCCAGGUGUCCAUCUCGCAGGCGGGGCAGAUGGAAACUCACGGAAUCCCUAACGAUCUGAUCAAAUCCGCCAAUCCGAUAGCCUAUGUGAUUUUCGGACUCAUCGUCCACAAACAGCUGUAUCCGUUCUUGCAGAAGCGCAAAUUUAUCUUUCGUGCAGUGGACUGGAUCACACUGGGCUUUGUCAUUAUGUCUGUGGCCAUGGCAUACUCGGCCACGGUGCAGGCAUUUAUCUAUCGUACGGGGCCCUGCUACUCGCACCCCCUUGAGUGCGAGGCCUCAGACAGCGGAAAGAUCCCGAACCGCAUCCAUGUGCUGUGGCAGCUCCCCACCUUCAUCAUCAUCGCACUAGCGGAAGUGUUCUGCUGGCCCACGGGCUCUGAGUAUACUUAUUCCCACGCCCCAAAAAGCAUGAAAUCGAUCCUGCAGGCGUGCUAUAUCGGGACAGCAGGGCUAGGUUACUUGUUAGGCAUGGCACUAUCACCCCUUGCGAGAGACCCUUUGCUGGUCGUGCUGUGGUCAGUAGUUGCCGGGCUGAUGUUCAUUACGGCCUGUGCGUUUCGUGUUGCCUUUCGCAAGUACUAG